AUGGAUAAGAAAGAAAAUCCUCCUCACAGUAGAAUAUUCAUAAGUGGAUCCUUUUGCACUAAUGAGGAAAUUUUCCGUAAUGAAUAUCAAAAAUUUGGAAAAAUUGAAUGUAUUCAAUUUAUCAGACAUAAAGACACUGGGAAAUCUAAAGGAGUAGCAUAUAUAACAUUUUCAAAAGCUUCAGAAGCAGCGCUUGCAAUGGAGGCCACUAAUGGUGAAAAUAUCCUAGAAUCCAUUAAACCUUUAAACGUUAAAAUUGCCCAAGACAAAACAGAAUCCAAUAUAUCGAAAAAUGCUAACGAAGAUGAUCGAAUAAUGAGGUUAUUUAUUAAAACUUUUGGUGAAGAUGAAGAUUCAAUUAGAAGACAUUUUUCACAAUAUGGAAAAAUUAAGAAAAUAGUUAUGUUAAAGCAAAAAAAAGGAAAUCGUGGUAAGGGAUUUGCUUUUGUUAAAUUUUAUAAAGCUUCAGAUGCUGCAAAAGCUAUAGAAGAAUGUGAUCCAAUAUAUAAAGCUAUAUUUGGUAAACUUCAAGAUACUCAGGUAACUGAAAAAAUAUUAAAUAAAACAAAACAUGGCAAUGACAACCUAUCCAAUAUGAGAUCAAAUUCUAAAUUUCAUCACAAUUAUCAGCAAUUAGAUUACAACGACCAUCACAAUCACCCAGUGGCCCCUAUUAAUAAUUAUUCUAAUAUGGGUUGUGAAGAUGUACAUAAUUGUCUAUUCGAUUUUCCUGUAAAUGAUAACUGCCCUGCUGAAAUAAUGGUCACAUUUCAGGUGUCAAUCAAUCCUCUAAGCGUGAGACAAUUGUUCAACAUCAUACCGGGCCUCCAGUCUUGUAUGCCUCAAAUGGAAUCCAAUAACACCGUUUUCAAUAUUAUGUACAACUCACAAAUUGCUGCCACUUACGCUUUGGAAAAAUUGCAAAAUUUUGAAUACCCCCCUUCUAUGCCCAUUUUUAUUGCGUGUGACCCUUUCAAUGCGACCAUGAACACGAAUAUUAUGUCUAAUAUGAUGAAUUGUAUGAAUAUGAUGAUGGGUAUGGGCGGCAAAUUUAACGACUCAGCACAAUCGUUUUCCAAUAACAUCCUAGCAAGUACUUCUGGUCCACCCUAUUCAUCUUUUCAUACAUUGAACAAGACUAAUGAUAUAUCAAACAAUCAAUAUUCCUCCUAUUGUAACGUUAAAUUGCCGGCACCCGAACCUAUGGCAGACAAGUCCGCGCAAACUGUGGAAAGACUUUGGGUCAUGGGAUAUCCAAAAAUACCACCUAUACCCGCCCUCUUAGACACUUUUGGACGUUUUGGUAAUCUCAUUACCGUUGUUCCCUCCAAAGAUAGAAAUUAUUGUUAUGUUCAUUACGCAAAUUCUAAAUCCGCUUGGUUUGCCUUAAAAACUCUUGAUAAAAGCACUAUAUGUCAAAUGGAAAUGAAAGUUGUAAUAGCUGACCCACCUGAUAAACAACUCAAAAGAGAUAGUUUUAAGAAUAAGGGCGAUAACCAAAACAAUGCUAAUACAAACAAUGAAUCCAGUCAUUAUCAACAUUUACAUGCUGGUAGAAAAAGACUCAGAGCAGAUAAUGAAUAAUUUUCUAAAUAGUAUAAACCAUUUGUACAUGAAUUUAUAUUUUAUUUGUUGAUAAUAUUUUUUAUACUAAAGAUAAGUAUUGUAUUAAUUUAUAAGAAAAUUUGUUGAUAUUUGUUAAAGGUCUUAUGAUAUAAAUAGAAAAUCUAA